AUGGAUACUAUUAAGGAAUUAAAAAAUGCCGCCUCUAAGCCAGGUGAAGACGACGACAGGCAUCCACAAGAAGAAUCUGCUGCUGCUGGGAAGGGGUCUAAACAAAAGGGACCAUCUUUUGUUACCCAGGAAGAUGUUGUUGCCUUGCUGGAAAAAGAGCUUAGUCGAAUCCAGGAGGAUUGGAAAUACAUUCCUCAGCCACCAUACUCGUCCAGCUUACUCCAGCAGCCUUAUCCCAAAGGUUACGAAACACCGACCUUUGUUCUUUUCGAUGGGAGGAAGGGAAGCCCGAAGGAACAUGUCAACGAUUCCUCGAUGCCUUAG